UUCUUUUUUUCCGUUUUUCUACCUGUUGCUGAUCUACGCUCUUUGCAUGAUCACUUCAGACUUUAGCUCACUGAAGCCGACACCUCAUUUACCCGUUUCACUUCGGGUGAAUUUUGGAGCAUAAUUUGGCGAUUAAUGGAGGUUGGUUUUCAGCCCAAGGUGUCAAACAAUUCAUCUUUAAUGGAGAAGGGAACUGGGGAAUUUGGGUGUUCUCACUACAGAAGAAGAUGCAAGAUCAGAGCUCCUUGUUGCGAUGAGAUAUUCAACUGCAGACAUUGUCAUAAUGAAUCCAAGAACUCAAUGGAAGUUGGUCCUUUUGAUCGUCACGAGAUUCCUCGCCAUGACAUAAAAAGGGUUAUUUGUUCCUUGUGUGACAUAGAACAAGAUGUUCAACAACAUUGCAUAAACUGUGGGGUUUGCAUGGGAAAGUACUUUUGUUCGAAAUGCAACUUUUUCGAUGAUGAUGUCUCAAAAAAUCAGUACCAUUGCAAUGAAUGUGGUAUCUGCAGAACUGGAGGUGCGGAGAACUUUUUCCAUUGUGAUAAAUGCGGAUGUUGCUACUCUAUGAUGUUGAAGAACUCCCACAAUUGUGUUGAUAAAGCUAUGCAUCAUAAUUGUGCCGUUUGCUUCGAGUUUCUCUUUGAUACGACAAAAGACAUAACUGUCUUACCAUGUGGCCACACGAUACAUUUGGAAUGUGUAAAAGAGAUGCAACGGCAUUUACUGUAUUCAUGUCCUGUUUGCUCAAAAUCGUUUUGUGAUAUGUCCCGGACGUGGGAGAGGCUUGACCGAGAGAUUGCUUCAACAACGAUGCCUCAGAUUUAUCUGAAUAAGAUGGUUUGGAUUCUCUGUAACGACUGUGGGGAACAUUCUGAGGUUAAUUUCCAUAUCUUGGCACACAAGUGCCCGAAAUGCAGAUCAUACAACACCAGGCUGACGCGUGGAAGUCCUGCUCCGGGCUCAUCGGAGAUUACGAAAAUAGUUAGAUGAUGGGUUCGUCAAUGUUUAUUUUGUGCUUUUCCGUUUCCUCUUUUAGUUCCUUAACUGUUAUGGAAUGGGGAAAUUUCACUAGGGCACUACAGGGUAGCUGGAAUAAUAAGUUUCUUUCUCUUUGUUUACUCCUGUCUCUGUAUGCUAAUCCGCCGUGACAUGUCUGCUCGAUCUGGAGGCUGCAGAUUGUAUUAGUAGAACAAGU